GAAAGCCACACUGACAGACAUUUGAGUCGUUGCACAACUUUCCUGCUGGCCGCAUCUCAAACUGUAUUUCACAGAGAUGAAUUCUGAAGGCUACCCAUCUGACAAUGUCCCAUUGCAGGGGAGAUUCGAAAGGUUUCAUGGACAGCCUGGAGGAUCUGCAGGGGAUCAAUGCAUCACUGUGAACAUCCCCCUUGAGCCACCCAGGGACCACAUCAUCUGGUCCCUCUGCUGCUUUUUCUACUCAAACCCCUGCUGCCUGGGACUGGCGGCUCUCAUCUUCUCCAUCAAGGCCAGAGACCGGAAGGUGGUUGGAGAUAUGGAAGGAGCCCGACACUACGGCUCCACCGCUCGCUGCCUCAACAUCUUGGCCACAGUCCUGGUUUCCAUCAUGAUCCUUAUUUCCCUUAUUAUAGUCAUCACUGUAUUACAAGUAUAGAGGUUAAAUUGUGUGAGAGUUUUCUGCAGCAGUGGCUGGGUGAUACUUCUCUUUAUCUGCUUUGCGGUUAUGGCUCCUGCUUUGAACCUUUUACUUAUAUCUUCAAUCAAAACGUUCUGUUUUUGUUACAUAAGUCUUAAAUGGAACUCCUGUAUGUUUCCAUAAC